AUGAUGAGAUCAUUCACGAUGCUAUGGAUUCUCUUGUUCUGGUUUUGCACAUGUCGACUAAUUCGAGCCAACCCAAUUCGCGGCAUAGAACAACAUCCGAUUAUUUUAAUCCCCGGCGAUGGUGGAAGUCAGGCCUACUGUCACAAGAGUAAUCAACCUGAGAGUAAAUCUACUUUAAUAUGGGUGAAUUUGUGGUACCUCGUUGUUCGACCGUCUGUUAUGGAUCAAAUGAAACUGGUUUAUGAUCCGAAAACGGGUAACACUUCCGAUAUCGGCCCAUGCCAGAUCCGUUUCCCUGGUUGGGGUGAAACAUGGUCUAUCGAGAAUUUGGACACUUGGAAGCAUUCCUUCACCGCGUACUAUCAGUAUCUGGUUGCCGCGUUACGCAAGGAUCCGUUUUAUGUAUCGGGAAAAACAUUGCGUGGGGCUCCGUACGAUUUCCGUCGUACUCCGUAUGAGAAUACUGAUUUCGUUCCAAAUUUGAAGGAACUGGUGGAAGAGACCUAUGCUAAUGCCGGUGAUCGCAGAAUUGUUUUAAUUGGACAUAGUUUUGGAUCAGUGUAUGGUCUACACUUUUUACAAGCAAUGAAUGACUCUUGGAAAAGGCGGUUCAUCCAAUCGUAUGUCUCCAUCAGUGGUCCGCUUGGCGGGUCUGUGAAAGCCAUUCUUCUGGAAGCGUAUGGUGAGUUUGCUAAACCUCUUCGAUAG